GAUGACUCUGCCUCUUUUACUUGUACAGACAAGAAUGUUUCCUGGUGACUCUUUCUACAACUCGCAGCGGAAGGGAUGGGAAAGACUUCUAUAGCUCUUUCCAACCUAUGCCGUGUAAGAAUGUCGGAGGCCAUCCGAUGCACUCUGUUAAACUGUAGCUGCCAGUGUUUUAAGACUGGAAAAAUAAACCAACGACAGUGUGAUCAGUGUCGGCAUGGAUGGGUAGCUCAUGCUUUAAGUAAACUAAGGAUCCCAAACUUGUACCCAACCAGCCAAGUGGAAAUAGUCCAAUCCAAUGUAGUCUUUGACAUAAGCAGCCUCAUGCUGUAUGGAACUCAGGCUGUUCCUGUCCGUCUCAAAAUCCUCCUGGAUCGUCUUUUCAGUGUCUUGAAGCAAGAAGAGGUCAUACAUAUCCUCCAUGCUCUGGAUUGGACGCUUCAGGACUACAUACGUGGUUAUGUUUUACAGGAUGCUUCAGGAAAAGUCCUGGAUCACUGGAGUAUCAUGUCUGGCGAAGAAGAACUGGCUACCUUGCAGCAAUUUCUACGUUUUGGGGAAACCAAGUCCAUUGUGGAGCUGAUGGCCAUUCAGGAGAAAGAAGGGCAAUCCAUUACUGUUCCACCAACCACAGCCAGUAUGGAUAUUAGAGCCUUCAUCGAAAGCUGCAAUCAGAGAAACUCCAACCUUUCGGCUCCUUUAGACAAAAUGCACCCCAUCCACGUCCAUCACUUUGAAAAUGUGGUCAAUAACAUGGCAUUUAUGCUGCCCUUUCAGUUUUAUAGCCCCGUUCCUCCACCUCUGAUCGGUUCGCUCCCAGAGAGGCUCUUGAUGGAGUCCUCUCGAGAUCACAGCCCUGACUUAAAACAAGACGACUACAUGCCGUUUGCUGAAAACAGUUUCUUAACUUCCAAUCCGUCAUUUCACCCAGAAAAGGAGAAAGGGACCAUCAGCCCGGACCUCACUUUGAAACUGAAAGAGGACGUUUCACCAAGUGGUUUGAAAACUCAGACCGCGUCCUCCAAGCUGGAAACAAACCAGGUGUCUCAAGAAAUUAAGAUGAAGUCAGUUGACAAAAAUGGGGCCGCAAUAAGGAAAGGUCGUGUUUUCUGUACGGCCUGUGAGAAGACCUUUUAUGACAAGGGCACUCUGAAGAUCCACUACAACGCCGUCCAUCUGAAAAUCAAGCAUAAAUGCACCAUUGAAGGCUGCAACAUGGUGUUCAGCUCGCUGAGGAGCCGAAACCGUCACAGUGCCAAUCCCAACCCCAGACUACACAUGCCCAUGAACCGAAACAACCGGGAUAAAGAUCUCCGCAAUGGGUUGUCCCUCCGUGGUCUGGAGGAGACCAAAAGGACCGAUUUUACCCUUUUGCCUCCCGAUCACAGAUCGGUUCCUAUCUAUGGGAGUUCUGGUACCGAUGCCAAAAUCCAACCAGGUUUUCACCACAGCGGACACAACGGUGUCCUCUUUCCCAAUUUGAAGACGGUGCAACCAGUGCUUCCCUUCUACCGCAGCCCGGUCACCCCGGCCGAAAUAGCAAACACACCAGGUACGCUUCCUUCUCUACCUCUGGUUUCCUCGUCGGUACCUGAACCGCAGGGGUCCAGUGAGUUGCCCUUUGACCCUUUGCCUAAGAAAAAAUCCCGUAAGUCUAGCAUGCCCAUCAAGAUAGAGACAGAAGCUGUUGACACCACUAGCCCAGCUAAUGAAGUGGCCGGUUCAGAAGAUGAUGGGACUUCGAAGGCGGUAAGUGAAGGGCCUGUGGAAAUGGGGGUGUCUAGGAUAGAAAAAAAUGCCAAUCAUCUCAUGGAGAAGGAAUCUCACUCAGAGGCGUUGGGGAUGUCCGUUUCCAAGGUUGGAGGGCUCAAAUCGUUGCAGGCUGUCGAGACAGAUAACCAGUGCACUGCAAUGGACCAACGGCAUAAGCCAGACCAAGACAAAUCGCUAAGAAUAGCCUCUUGUGAGAAUGCACGCGAAGCAUCCAACCAACUUCACGAUGUGACCAAAGCAGCAUCUGAGCCUUACGGCUACCUUAGAGAACCGUUGAAUUGCAGGAUCCCAAUGAACAGCUGGCCCGAACUGCACUACCACUUGUUGAGUGGAAGCAGUUUCAGCACGCUAUCCAACCGGAGUCUGGCUGUUUCUGAGUUUGAAGCGUGUAAAGAGAUGGAACACGGGUCUCCCCGGGCCCUGGGCCUUCCGCAGGAAGACGCCCGCUUUCGUUGCGACAUCUGCCUGAAGACUUUUAAAAACCCUUACAGCGUCAAAAUGCAUUUUAAAAACGUGCAUCUGAAAGAAAUGCACACUUGCGUUGUGGAGGGUUGCAAUGCCGCGUUUCCCUCGCGUAGAAGCCGAGACAGACACAGCUCCAAUUUAAACCUUCACCAUAAACUUUUAACGAAAGACCAUUUGGACAUCAACAAGAACCAUUUCAAUGCGAUUGAUCUCUUGAAGGACAUGGCCAAAGACGUCUGUCCAGAAGCCUGCUUGAAAGAACAUCUGGAGCAACACACAACGGUCAUUUUCAAAAGCAAAACAAACAGAACUGGCAGCUUGGUUUUCCCAAUGAGCAAGAUCGCACAAGCCUGUCCCGAGAGCUGCGGGCCCGACCCCAACGAGGGAGCCAUUCUGGAUUUAAGCACCACGUCUAGCGUUAAAUCCGAGAGUGGAACUCACUCCUCUUGGGAUUCGGAUGGAGGCAACGAAGAAAGCCCUUUAGAGGACAGCAACGAAAGCUGUGAAAGUAUUUGCUUGACGCCCAAUGAAGAGCUUUACCAAGACUGUUGUCCGGUGGAGGCCCCUAACCCGAAUUUCCCAACCGCACCUUCCUGCUUGCCAAUCACCUGUCACCUCUGCCAAAAAAGCUACAGUAAUAAAGGAACCUUCCGAGCCCAUUACAAAACCGUGCACCUCCGUCAGCUGCACAAAUGCAAAAUCCCAGGCUGCAACACGAUGUUUUCUUCUGUUCGUAGCAGGAACCGACACAGCCAAAAUCCCAAUUUACACAAAAGUUUGAGCAGGUCGUCCCACAGCCCUCUGUAAUAAUAGCUCAGUAUUUCAGAGUAUUUCAGUUGCUGUUGUUGUGUUCUAUUUAUCAUUUCAGCGUUUUCUUCUUCGUUGUUGUUAAGCGUUAGAAAGAGGCACGGUUUCACUUGCUUUUCCGUACACCCUGUUCGAAACACGAGGUGCAAUUCCAUUCUCGUUCCAAUGCACCCACCCCAAUGGGUUUGGUUUUUGCAUACUGUAAACGUGGACGCCAAUAUAAUAUAACGAGAUACAAAGCUAGCCCACAAAAUGAGUCAGGUUUUUUUUUUCCUCUUCACUCUUCUCUUCUGUUAUAAAACUAAGUCCAGCUUGUGACACCAAUAUUUUGCAUUUGACGCCCAGAUGCCAUUUUCGGCACCAGUCCUGUCUUUGUUUUAAUGUGUAGCUCCUCCCACGAGCUGACUUGACAGUAUUAAAUUAAUGUGGUGGUUUCCCCAUAAUUUAUUAUUGUAUGCCUGGGGAAGAGAAAGGUGGCAGAUUUAAGAAAAACUGUAGCAUUUGAUUCUGGAGUCCUUGGUGGCAGAAGAAAUUCUGUUUGAAGACCCAUUGUUGAGUUCUCUUCUGCCCGAUGGCUUGUAUACUGUUCUCACCACAUUUGAAAACAGGACAAUUCCACAGGUUUUCUUCUAUAUCUGAAGGACACAGUUGGCUUCAAGAUGGACCUAUGAACUGCCAGAUGCUAAAGCCACUCAGCAGUUCUUGGGUGUCUCUUGAAACUUACUUUCAAGCAAUCCCGUAUUUUUCUUUGCAAGGAAACAAAUCCUAGAAAACAAUGCAAGUUCUAAUUUUGUGUGUGUGUGAUUUUUUUUUGGAAAGACUCUCCAUUGACUUUUGAGAGGAUCGCAUGAAUUGUAUACAGGACCAGCGAAACCUGAGAUGCAUUCAAACAUUUUGAACCACACGUCGGACAUUUUGAAAUGCAAUGUAUAGUUUUUACUGCACUUUUUUUUAUUGCCUCGUUGAGAAAAAUUAAAUCCUGGGGGAAAAAAUUGCAUUCGACAUUUUCCAGAAUUCGGCAGGAAGCGACGCGAAAGAGGGAGGAUCUAUUAAUAUGAAUAGAUAUCUCUCUACUGUGUUGAUGUACAAUGGUGGGCUGGGCAGAAAACCGAUAUUUUAUUACAGCUUUAAUAAGAAUCGUCCACUGACUUUGAUGACGUUCUGUUUUGUAUUAGCACAUUAUUUAGUAUAAAUGAAUAAUAUUCCGCAUCCUGGUCAUUAUGCAUAAUAUCACUUUGGUGUUAUGUCUUAUGCACUUAACGACACUGGAAUUGGUCUUACAUUUUACUGAAAGGACACUUUGGUUCUAUUUAAUUUUCAAUCAGGCGAUUGCAUUCCUGUGGUUGUGUAUGCCACUUGCGAAUACGUUUGGUGAAAUAACGAUGAGCAGUGAAAGCAAUUCAAAUAUUUUUUUUUUUUAAUCACUAGACCUUUGAAUGAUAUAUAUUUAUAUCAUGGGUUGAUCCAUUGUAUUCAGCAAGCAUGAUGCCAAAGGUACAUUGAGUACAUAUGAUGCCAAAAUCAUUCCAAUUCUUUUUCUUUCUUUCUUUCUUUGACAUGAGAUCUCUCUCCUCCCCAGAUUUUUCCAGUUGGCUACAUUUGAAAACCUGUUAUUUGUUGUUGUCGCUGUUGUGUAAUGUCUGAAUAAUAUUAAGUUAAACAAAAAAGUUUUUUUUUACAUUGCAGAUAAGAUAAACAGGGCAAGGUAUGUAUCUUGGAUACUCAGUGAUUAAUUUAUUCUAAGCCAGACAGUGCGUACUAUCCCAUAAAACCCAGUUGCACUCAGUUGCAUUAUUCUUGCUCUGACGUGUAAAGGUUGCAGACCCAGUUUACUGUUGCUAGAGUCUAAACUUUAUUUUUUUUAAAAAAAAAAAAAGUCUAAUCAACAGUUAGAUUGGGUGGGGGCUCCAGAUUCAUAAGGGAGGGGACCGUUUAUAUCAGCAGCUGAGCAAUUUCCAAAGAAAUUGUCAGUUAUAAACUGACUCCUUCAAACCAAAUUGGAUUUGUGCACUGAUUCCAAAAUGAGAUUUUGAAGACUGGAUAAGAGAGAACAAUGGGAUGUUCAACCUUGGCAACUUUAGAAUUUGUUCUGUUCUGUUCUGUUCUGUUCUGUUCCGUUCCGUUCUGUUCCAUUCCAUAUUUUCUAUUCUGUUCUGUUCCGUUCCAUUCCAUUCCAUUCCAUAUUUUCUUUUCUGUUCUGUUCUAUUCUGUUCUAUUCUAUUCUAUUCUAUUCUAUUCUAUUCUAUUCUAUUCUAUUCUAUUCUAUUCUAUUCCAUAUUUUCUAUUCUGUUCCGUUCCAUUCCGUAUUUUCUAUUCUAUUCUAUUCUAUUCUAUUCUAUUCUACUCUACUCUACUCUACUCUACUCUACUCUACUCUACUCUAUUCCAUAUUUUCUAUUCUAUUCUAUUCUAUUCUAUUCUAUUCUAUUCUAUUCUAUUCUAUUCUAUUCUAUUCUAUUCUAUUCUAUUCUAUUCUGGCUGGGGAAUACUGGGAGUUGAAGUCCAUAAGUCUUAAGGUGGCCAUGGUUGGACACACCUACUUUAUCGUGUGGACCCAAUACGCUUAAAUCCAAAGACUGUUGUGUGUUUUGGAUGGAAAUUCAUCCAAGACUCGAAGAUCCUAAUGUUGCAGCAGCAUUGAUAUUGACAUGAAGGUUGAACGGAAUGAGUGAAUAAGCCAGGUGAGCAGAAGACACGAGGGAAGAGUUGUGACUUGCAACAGGGUUAAUAAAGUUGGCAGGUCUCUUCCCCAUUCCCGCAGGUUUUGUUAUACAUAAGAACAUCUUUUUUAAAAAGGAGCAGAUGCUGAAUACUGUGGAUUCUUUAGAAUUUCAGGCCUUCUCUUCUGCAACUGAGCAAAAGGAGGUCUCAGAAGUUACUCAGGAAAGCUCAAAUGAUCAGCUUGACUAGUUGGCUCAGUGGCUAAGACACUGAGCUUGCCGAUCAGAAAGUUCAGCAGUUCGAAUCUCUAGUACAGGUCUUCUUCGUGAGCAUGGGGUUGGACUAGAUGACCUCCAAGGUCCCUUCCAACUCUUGUUACUGAUGAGAAUCCUCUUCGUAAACUUUGACAGCACUGCCAGAAAGUGGUGUGCAGAUGUAGUAAAACCAGUCUGAAUAGAACGGGCAACGGUCAGGUUGAUGCCAUUCCUAUGUUUAAAUAUGCCAAGCUAUGCACAGAUGUUUCAUCACGGACUAAAUGAAGCAAAACCAUUUGUGCUGUAAAUAGGGUGUAGCUGUACCAUGCACCAGGCGUACCAAAAAAAAAAAAAUCUCAGGGAAACAAAGCUCAUUGUCAAGAGGAAGAUAAUCCACACACACACACAAAACAAGUUGGCAAUUCUCAACCUGUGAAAAGGGGAUUUGGGGUGACCCUUUGGUGAAGAACUGUUGCUUUAGCAGAUACUCAACAUAACAGCACUAGUGAACAGAUCUAAGGAAACAGUGUAUGUUGAGUGUAACUACAUACUCAAAGCAUCGUUUUGAGGUUGUCCGUAGCACUGAAAAGAAGUUGGACAGGUUCAACCUGCAUCGUUCUCCUAGGUUGAUGGUUGGACAAAUGGGAUCACAAAGAAAUCACCCAGAGAAAAAGGUAGAAACAGGAUAAAUCUGAAUCAUUAAAACAUUUUGUUUUGUUGUAUACAAACAUAGGUAUUCAUUUCAAGGUUGGAUUCCUUUUUUUAGGGUAUGACUUUCGGUUUGAAAAACAGUUCGGACAAUCUCAUCUCAUGUUGUUUUGUGAUUAAAAGUAAAACGUUCUCCUUUAUUCCUGCCUUACUGAAUCACAUACUCUAAAGAGGAUUGGGACCUCAACUCCCACGUUGCAACUUCUAAUGAUCACAUUGCACCGAUAUGUGCCCCAUCCAACUGAGGUCAAAGUAGCUAGACAUAGAAUUCAAGCCCAUCGUAUCUUUUUCCAUUGAUUUCAACUCUCCUUAUUAAUUUCCCUUGUUGUUGAUGUUGUUGUAAACGAGCUUACUUAAAUUUUAAUAUCUUUUUUUUAAAUGCAGUGAAAGAAAUGGGUGUUGUAAGUGAAAGUCGUAUUGCUCCCAUCUUAUGUUUUCUUACUAUUCUGCCAAAGUAAUGCUGUUUUGUAUUUCUCCAGAAUUUUUAUGUGUUAAUAAAAAUGUAUAACACUGUC